UUCCGUGACGCUGCUAUUGCGAUGAACCUUCUCACGGAUGAUAGUAUUUGGUUCACCAUGUUGCAAGAAGCUAUACACGUACAACUUCCACGAGCUCUUCGUCGUAUGUUUUCACAGAUGUUGCUGUUUUGUGAAAUCGAAAAUCCAUUAGCAUUGUGGGAACAAUUUAAAUAUCAUUUAUCUGAAGAUUAUAUACGACGCUUAAAUGAUAACGACCUAGCCUACAACUAUGCCUUGGCUUACAUCAAUCGAUACCUAGCACUACAAGGCAAAUCAAACAGAGACUUUCAACUGCUCUUACCCACUGAACCAGUAGAACACCUAAUCGAAGAUGAAUACGAUUAUGAUCAAUCAGAAGAACAAGAAAUUGCUAAUAGGAACAUUCCCCUUUUAAACCAAGAGCAACGACGUAUUUUACCGAUAUACUUUUAGCCGUAAACGAAAAUGAAAGAGUUUCACAUCGUCUUUCUUUAUUAAGGGAAUUGGAGGUGCAGGAAAAACAUUUCUAUUGAAUACACUACUGACUUACCUACUAGGAAAUAAUCACCGUUACAUUGCUAUCUGUUAUACAGGUAUCCCAGCCAGCUUACUGAAAAAUGGCCAAACGAUUCAUCCUGCUUUUAUGUUACCGGUUCCAUUUCUAGAAAUUCAACGUCAAGGAUUCGCAAUCAGAGUGCGAUUGCUGAUAAUAUUAGAUAUUCAAAAAUUAUUGUCAUUGAUGAAAUAUCGAUGGUACAUAAAAGUAUAUUAAUGAAAUAGGUAGGAAGAUAAGAGAAAUAAUGAACAAUGACAUUCCACUUGGCGGCAAGAUUAUUAUAAUUCUAGGCGAUUUCAGGCAUGCGCACCUAUCGUUCCAUUGGCCGGCAAAAAUGAAACUAUUUCUGCAUCAGUGAAAUGUUCCCACUAUGGC